UCGUUACGGUAACCGCCCGUCGUCACACGGCUCCUUCCUUCAGCAACAUGGCGCUGUCCUGUGCGGGUGUGUUCAGUCAUUUGCCUUUGGUACGGCUGUGUGGACUCCGGACGAAUGGGAUAACAGCCGGCCUGUACCCUCUGUGUAUCUCCUCUCAGGCCAGACACUACUCCUCGUCUAAAGUCAGGCGGGGUAUCGGCCGACACAUUGCCUCCAGGCUCCAGUGGGCAAAUAACAAAUAUGAAAAUUUCCUCAAAAGACGAUUCCCCCGCUUUUACCAGCUUUAUCACACUUUUGUGGAAGGGGUCAAGCUGCUCAUGCAGGAUGCCAGUGAAGUGAGGAGGAUAAAGGUCAUGAUGCACAGUGACGGAGUGAGGCUCGAUCAGCUGCCCUACAGGGACAUGGAGAAGCUGCGACAGUUUCGCAGAGACAUCAUCAAGGCCAUUCCACUGAUGAUGAUAUCUAUUCCCCCCUUUGCCAACUACCUGGUUUUUGUCCUGAUGUACUUUUUCCCUCGCCAGCUCCUCAUUCCUCAUUUCUGGACUCCCCGGCAGACAGUGGAGUAUCGGGGAGUGUACCAUACCCACAGGGCCCAGCACCACUUGGCAGUGCUCAAAGGCCUGGAGUACACCGUCGGCAAGGUCAAAGACGGCCGCCUACAGAGUCACCUGAAGCACCUGUGCACCAAAGUGCAAAGCGGAGCACACCCUGGAGUGUCCGAAAUCCAUGCUGUUCGAGGCCUGUUUUCUGGCCCCCCGCUGGGUUUGAGGAGGAUGGGUGUGACUCAGAUGAGACACAUCUGCCCCCUGCUCUUCCUCACGCCGCACCUCCCCGGCUUCCUGAUUGGCAGUCGGCUGAGAAGCCACGCCCUGGAGCUUCUGAUGCUGGACCACGCCCUCCUCAGACUGGGCCCCGAGCAGCUGAGUGACUCCGAAAUCAGACAGGCUUGUUAUGUCAGGGGUCUCAACUCUGAUAGCCAUGACAUUAAGAAGUGCCGAGAGUGGUUAUCCCAGUGGCUUCGGAUGUCCUCUUCACUGAAAGAGUCAGAGGUGUCACUGCUUUUGCACAGCAUGGUUUUACUCUCCGCCAACUACUCAAACAGUCAAAACCGCCGCUGACAGGAAGCCUGCAGCUCUCUUGCAUUUCCACUUUGCCCUCUCUCAAGUGUUGGGUAACACUGUUUCCUGAGAGUUGUCAACAUCUCCUCUCUGCUAAGGAAAAAAUAUUUAAAGCUGCACAAAGCAAGAUUGUGCUGUUUAAAAAAAAAAAAAAAAAAGCAUACACCUAUUUUAUUG